CCUGAAUUUAAAAGGCUUAGCUUCAGCAUGCUCAAUUCAUGAGGAUAGUGGAGGAUUAGAAGAUAAGGGAAGAUUGUUAAGAAGCUGGUGGAAAAGAUAGAGGAAAGACUAGUGGAAAAGAUAGAAGAUAGGAGAGGAUAGAAGAGAGAGUAGAACUUUAGAAGAAAGGAGAGGAUAGUUAAUAAGCUAGAAGAUAAAGGAUAGAAGAGAGGAUAGUAAGAGGUUGCUGGAGAAGACACUUCUAAUGCAGUACAUCUUUGCUGGGAACUUAAACAUCACUGCAUCUUUCUUGGCAGCAUGAAUGAUUCAUCUCCAGCGAGUGACUAUGCAUGCGGCCUUUGUCAUGUUAGCUGUGAUGGCUAUAAAUGUGUGGGCUGUGACAAAUGUGAAGAAUGGUUUCACCAAAAGUGCGAGGAAUUGUCCAAUACUGAUUUCUAUUACUUGAAGAAAUGCCCGCUGCCUUACAUUUGUUCUAGAUGUUGUGAGAACAAUUCUGGGGCCUUUGACUAUGAUAAGUCUCUUGCCAGGUUAGAAUCAGCUCUUCAGUCUGGGUGUUUUGAGAUGGGAGUUAAGAUCGAGUCGAUUUUUAUGCGUAAACAACCUAAACGUUUACCUUCAAAACAACCUUUCAAAUAUGAACCUUCCAUGAGUAUAGACCAUUCAGCCUCGGAUCUGGUUGGCAAGUCAGAUUUUGUGCCUGUUUCAGUCCAAGGAAACGGGAAUUGUUUAUUUAAUGCCAUAUCAAUCGCUAUACAGGGCAAUGAAAAACUGGCAUCGGAGAUCAGGGCCCGGACUUGCCUUGAGAUGUUUUAUCACAAAGACUUCUACAUAAAUAGUCACAAGAGGGAUAGAAUGGCAUACAUAUCUCCUUCAUACGAGGAAGCCAUUGGGAGCUGUGCUCAGAAUUUCAAGUUCUCAUGUGCAUGGACUAUUCAUGCUGCUGCUACUGUAAUAUCGAGAGGCAUCAAGUCUUUAUACCCACCAGUACAUGGCCUCCUUGACCCAUCAGUUUCGAUUUUGAACUGUGAAUUCCUACCACGUGCUCUACAGGCCAAGUACACCAUAAAUAUUCUAUGGUGCAGCAUGUUAAAAGAUGACGAUGGUAACUGGGUGACCAAUCAUUUUGUUCCCCUUUUGCCCCCUGCUCCAGAGAAUGUAAUUGAUGUUGAUCAAUUACUAGAUAUUCCAUCUUCUGAGGAUCUUGCAUCGCAAGAUAACUCAUUAUCAAUUAAUCCUUCCAGAACUUCAGGUUUAGACCACCCUUAUAGUAAAUCCUCAGACGAUGUUCCAUCGCACAAUGCAGAUGAAAAGCAUGACCAAAAGCAGCCACUGGUGUCCUCAACUAAAGCUUCCCGUUCAACCCAUCAUUAUGGGAAAGCGAGAGCACAAUUCUCGAAACCUACAAGUGAGACUGAUGAGCUCUCAGCCGCGAACAGUGCUGAUCAAAGUGGUGAACAAAACGAGUCCAGUGAAAUUACUCCUGUCAGAAUUGAAGCAGUUGGUCAAGUGGACAAGUCGUUUUUUGAUUUUGAAUGUUUACUAGAAAUUUUCAAAUCUUUCCCUGCAUCGGAAGCACUUCCGUCAAUUCCACCAGGAAUAAAAAACAAUGUCUAUUUUAUUGUUAAAAAUGCUGCAAAUAUAGUAAGGGACAAAAGGUGUUUCUUCCCUGAUGACUGUGGGACUUGGAGUAAAGGGAAUACACCAAAAACUUACUUAAUUCAACGAGAAACGGGGGAAUACAGAACCAUUGUUGUACGAAAUAGACUGUUUCAUAUCCGGUCAAAAUGUAAAGGCAAAUAUGUGUUCACUUUAAUGGAACCGCAACCAGAUCCUUCCAGAAUUACGACACUAAAUCGCUAUUACACGGCCCUUAAAUUGGACCCUAGUUACAGACGACGAAUUACAUGGAUGAAUUCGUCGAGUAGUAGUAUUUUUGUCGUGGAGUAUUUGGGCUUGUUCCCUGGGGUGGCCCCGCAUGGAAAUUCCAAGCGUAAAAAAGGAUAUGUGCGAGCUCCCUAUGAUGACAGCCAUGUCAUGGAUGAAAUGACAGACUUCUUAGAAGAAAUUUAAAAACCAUUUUGAAUUCUGAUGACAACUGUGAAUUGAAUGUGACUUUAUGAUCCUUGUAGGCUAAGACAGGUUCAUCAUAAGAAACACUAUGCAGAAAAGAUAAUACAUGUUGAGAUCAGUCAGAAAUUUGUUGUACAUAGUUGUAUAUGUCUGAGCAUGUUAAGAGGUGGCAAUUGUCACUUUUUAUCAAUGUUUUACUGCAUUAAAUCUGUUAUUUGUA